AUGAACGAUACUACUAGUACGACGACACGUGCUCAGAGCAGCAGCAGUGCAACUGCAAAGACCAACGACGACGACAAGCAGCAACUUCUUCUCGAACCCAACUGUAUCUUUUGCAAGAUUCUCUCGGAUCAAAUUCCCGGCACCAAAGUCUACGAGGACGAUGUCUGCCUCAUUCUCAUGGAUAUUCAUCCCAUUCGACCAGGGCAUGUGCUCAUCAUUCCGACCCGCCAUUACGACAAUAUCAUGGACAUGCCACCCACCGUGGCCCAGCACAUGAUGACACUGGCCCAUCAAAUGACGGCGGCACUUACUACACGUACUAGCACUAGCAGUACUACUGAACAAUUCACCUGCCAUGGCACCAAUUUACUAUGGAACAAUGGACGAGCGGCAUGGCAGACUGUCAUGCAUGCGCAUUUGCAUGUCAUACCGAGACAAAAAGGAGAUGGCUUGGGGUUUCUCUGGGGGAUAAUCCGCCAUUUUCUGUCUCUGCUGGGAAUACUGCCACCUGCCAACCGACAAGAACUGGACCGUCUUGCCGCCCUAUUUCGACAAGCAUUAUUGACCCAGCAGAGCAAAAAGUCUACCUGA